UGGGGCAUCACGGGAACUCCAGGGCUAUAAAAGACCUGGUUGCUAUUUUAUGCUUCACGACUCACUCAUCCUUUAAGUAAGCAGGGUGGGGCAGGGUGCGCGUGCGCGGUUUUAAUACUCCUCCCUAAACUGCCAACUCUUCGCGCAAGCGAAGUAGCCUAGCCUUGCCUAGUUUUACGCGUGCGCACUAACGGCCCUGGCCCCGGAAGACCAGACGCCUGCGCAGUCGGAACUACGGUGACAGUCCCCCGGGUGGGGUAUGGGCCAGUCAUGGCGGAGCCUUGGUCUGGGCAGUCCUUGCAGGCUCUUCCGACCACGGUGUUGGGCGCGCUGGGCACCCUGGGCAGCGAGUUCCUGCGGGAGUGGGAGGCGCAGGACAUGCGCGUGACCCUCUUCAAGCUGCUGCUACUCUGGUUGGUGUUAAGUCUCCUGGGCAUCCAGCUGGCGUGGGGGUUCUACGGGAGCACGGUGACAGGGCUGUAUCACCGCCCAGAUCCCCACCCCCAGCCUGCUGCAGCUCUGGAUGUGUUCCUGCCCCCAGGUCUGGGCGGCCAGAACGGAUCCACACCUGAUGGCUCCACGCAUUUCACUUCGUGGGAAACAACAGCAAAUGAACCUCUCAAAACCCACAGAGAAUAAGGGAAGGCAGCAGAGGGAUCUCCAGGGACAUCACCGGGUCUGCUGGUUCCCACACUGGGUUCUGCUGCUGCCCAGACCCCAGAGACUGCAUGGGGGGAGGGGUUGGGGGCAGGGAGUACCCCAGUGCUUGAAGACCUGGCCCUCCACUGCUCUUGGCCUUGCCUCCAGCAGCUCCAGGCAUUGGGCCAGUAAAGUUUGCCUCUACCCAGAUCUGGGUGCCUUAAGGAGAGAAGACAUGUUCCUCCUCUCUCAGGGGUCAGCUCAGGAGGAGCCUCUGGGUUGGGGAGGCCAACAGUCCAUUUUCUGCCUUGGCUUUUUCCUGUCCCCCUUCCGAUCUGCUGGGAUGUGACCCCAUAGAAAUUUCCUUGAGAAGAAACUUGAGGUUGACCAGCUCUGGGAUUUGUAAGGGAAGUCUGUUUUCUCCUAAGCUCUUGAAUUUGUUUUUGCUUUGUUGGCAGGGAGCCAGGAAAGACUGGCCUAGACAUGGCCUUAUACUCUAUGGUUACUUAGCUGGCCAUUCAAGUGUAAGGCAGGGGGCGCUGGCACUACCUGGAUGUGGAGGCACCGAACACCCACUUCCCUAGCCCAUCCAGAGCUUUUCAGGUGUGAGUCAGGCUAUGGAAAUUGUCCUUUCCUGAAUAUUAACUCAUUUAUACUCUUCUCAAUCCUUGUUGGGAGGUUGGGUGCCUGAAAGACGCUAAGCCCCAAGGGUGACCUUCCACCCCCACCCAUGGGGUUGUACCCUGUCCCCUCACAGAGAGGUACUAAGCAGUUACCGCUGAGUGGCUCUGCCACUUCAUCACUUCCCAUCUUGACCCGGAACCACAAGAGCUUCAUCCUAAGAGGCCACAGGCUCAGCUCGUCCCCACUAGCACCAUCUCAGCCCCCAAGAACCCUCCCUCAACAGCCGGGAAGAACCACAGGCUGGGCAGGCCUGCCACUUACACAGUGGGCCAGGGGAGCUUCCAAAGGUGUGGGAGGCACAUGCCAGUUUCUGAAAGCAGCAUGACCCUAGAACUGCCUCCCUUCCUGAAGGCUGUAUUUCUAUACUUGUUUCUGCUGGACCACCAGCUACCUCAAUAUCCCGCUGCCUGCUUCCUCUAUCCAUCUGGCAGCCUUUGGCUAGGCCACCUUUGCAGCAGAAACACACUGGAAGUAGGACUACACUGAACUUGUGUACGUGUAUCUACUUUGGAGGUAUCUUCUGACUGGUAGGAUGAUGGUUUUGCAGCCUCAGGCCUACCCACUGACACCACCACACAUAGAAUCAGGGUCUCACCUUUUACCCCAGGUUCAGCUGAGGAUGUGGCUUAUUAAACUUGGAAGUGCA